AUGGCAGGGAGAACCACAGCCAGGACUCGUGUCCUGUGGACACUUUGUGUCAACCUCUCCCAUACCUAUCGGGAUCACCCUCAAGGGUGCAAACCAAGUUUGGCUCAGAAAGAGCCUGAAAUUCUCUCCUCUCCUGAGAAUGGGAACGUUGAGGACAGAGCUUCCUCAGCCCAGGUUAGUAACACCGAUGAAACGGUCUCUGAGGGCGAGGACCUGAGCCCCGAGAGAGGGGCGAGGACACGCGCGGGCGAGUGCGCCCGGGAGCUCAGGGCCACGGCCGAGGGCGCGCAGGCGCCGGGGCAGCGCGCGAGCCGAGGGCAGAACGGUUUCCUCGGAAAACCAGAGCGGUUCCGUGUGGUCACAGCUGUGCUGCGGCGAUCCGGGUCGGGCUACGAGGGCAGCACCAGCUGGAAGGCGGCCUUGGAGGACACCACCACGCGUCUCCUGCUGGGCGCCAUCGCGGUCCUUCUGUUCGCCAUCCUGGUGGUGAUGAGCAUCUUGGCUUCCAAGGGCUGUAUCAAGUGCGAAGCGCCCUGCCCGGAGGACUGGCUGCUCUAUGGAAGGAAGUGCUACUUCUUUUCUGAGGAACCGAGAGACUGGAACACGGGCAGGCAGUACUGUCACACCCACGAGGCCGCGCUGGCAGUGAUCCAGAGCCAGAAGGAGCUGGAAUUCAUGUUCAAGUUCACGCGGAGGGAGCCCUGGAUUGGACUACGCAGAGUCGGGGACGAAUUCCACUGGGUCAAUGGGGACCCGUUUGACCCGGACACGUUCACCAUCUCAGGCCUCGGGGAGUGUGUCUUCGUGGAGCCCACCAGGCUGGUGUCGACGGAGUGUCUCAUGACCCGGCCCUGGGUGUGCAGCAAGAUGGCCUACACGUGA